AUGGCUGCUGAGAGAGCGAUCGGUGCAGUGAACGAGUUGAUCAAAGAGGCGGUGCUGGCAGCAGUGGGAGAGGAGCUGGCUGCACUCAAGGAGGAGGUGGAUGAGCUGCGGCACAUGUUGGCAACAGUGCAGGGGGAUUUGGCAGCGGUUAAGGGGGAGCUGGCAGUGGUGAAAAGGGAGUUGGCAAAUCACAAGGGCAUUAUGGCAGAGCAACGGGUUGAGAUUAGUAGGGCAUCGGUUGUAGGAGGUCUGAGACGGAAGAGUAGAAAGAGAAGGAAAGAAGUGACAGUGGGGUUUGCACAGGAAGAGGAGAGGACGGAGGUGCCGGAGUUGUCUCAGCCGCGUGCCACUGCGGGUUUGGCAGCUGGUAAGGACCGGCAAGCGAUACAAGGCAAUUAA